GAAAGGCGAGCACAUGCAGUCUGGCACCAGUGAUCUCAGGACACUCUACCUCUAAUUCCUGAUGGCGUUUUCUCCACCUACCACAGAGAGGUGAUAAAAGGGAUCAGCAAAAACCUCAAGAGCACUGUUUACACUUGGAUGCUGCUCUGGGAAGACGUCCCAAUCAUUUGACCAAGGUUUAGGAGAUCCUGAGAGUUUGACAGGUUCAAGCUGUAGUAGUUUGUCUUUGGGGAAUAGCUUCUUGCCAAGAAAAUGCUGAAUGUGGACCUAAUAGUUUUAAGCUUCUGCCUUGGCCUGGGAACAGAAUACACCGCUCACGGUAAGAGACAAUACAACAUCCAGAACGGCCCGUGCAGCUACACGUUUCUGCUGCCGGAGCAGGACAACUGCCAAACCCAGAACAGCUACAACUACCCCGUUCAGAAGGAUGGACCCACAGAGGAGUCGACCCAGAGGCUGGAGCAACUAGAAAUCACCAUGGAGAACAACACACAGUGGCUGCUCAAGCUGGAGAGCUAUAUCCAGGACAGCAUGAAGCAGGACAUGGCUCAGAUCCAGCAGACCGCUGUGCACAACCACACGGCUACCAUGAUUGAGAUUGGCACAAACCUGCUGAGUCAAACUGCCGAGCAAACAAGGAAACUGACCAACGUGGAGGCACAGGUAAUCCAGCACACAACUCGACUCGAGCGUCGACUUCUUGAAAAUUCCUUGUCAACCAACAAGUUGGAAAAACAACUAAUCGUUCAAACAAAUGAAAUCAGCAAACUGAACGACAAAAACAGCUAUCUAGAAAAGAAAGUGGGGGAGCUGGAGGAGCAGAGGCAAGUGGAGCUGAAGGUGCUUCGGGAGGAGAAGGAGCAGCUCCAGAAUCUAAUACUGAAGCAAACGACUAUCAUAGGCGAGCUGGAGGAACAGCUGCUCAAAGUGUCCUCCAACAACACCGUCCUGCAGCAUCAGCAGCAGGAGCUGCUGGACACCGUCAACAGCCUCAUUCACUCCAUCUCCGCCAGCUCCGCCCGGGAGACCAAAACCGCCAUGAUGCAGGACACGCCGACCACGUACAUGGACUGUGCUGCUAUCUUCAAGUCAGGAAACACCCACAGCGGCGUCUAUACUCUCACACUCCCCAACACUACAGUGGAGGUAAAGGCCUUUUGUGACAUGGAGACAGAGGGAGGUGGCUGGACAGUGAUACAAAAACGCUUUGACGGCCGUGUUGACUUUCACCGAACGUGGCAAGAGUACAAAAAGGGUUUUGGGGAUCCUUCAGCUGAAUUCUGGUUAGGAAAUGAAUUUGUCUCCCGACUCACACGCCAGAAGUCGUACAACCUGAGGAUCCAGCUGGGAGACUGGGAAGGAAACACGGGAUUCUCACUAUAUGAUCAAUUCUCUGUCGACAGCGAAGCACAAAAUUACAAGAUACACCUUAAAGGCUACAGUGGGACGGCGGGCAAAAUAAGCAGCAUCGGGCAGCCAGGAAGCGAUUUCAGUACAAAGGAUGCAGACAACGACAAAUGUGUUUGCAAAUGUUCACAACUAACAACAGGGGGUUGGUGGUUCGAUGCCUGCGGACCGUCGAACCUCAAUGGGAUGUAUUACCAGGAAGGACAGAACUCCAACCGCUUCAACGGGAUCAAAUGGUACUACUGGAAAGGCUCGGGCUACUCGCUGAAGACCACGGCGAUGCUGAUCCGACCGGCGGACUUUUCCCUUUGAACUACUGCACUGAACAACAGACAAGGUGGGAAGGAAGCUCCGCUCGACAAACAACACCAAACAUAAAUAUUCUCAAGUGAGCCAAAGCACUGCAAGGGAAAUAUUUUCUGUGUGCGUUUUUCUUUUUUUUCUUUUUACAUGUUUUACACAACAAAUCAUUCAAAUAAAAUUGUUUUUGGCAGGAAAUGAAACACUGUAAGGGUUACCUAAACAUGUGCUCUGCAUGUAUAAAUAAAACACGAGAGGAAAAUGUGACGAUAACUUAAUUCCUGUAAUAUUUCAGCAGGUAAAGUACCUGUUUCAAUAAUAGCCAUCACUUUACAAAACAAACUAUGGUACAAUAUGAGGGGAAAGAAAAGAAAAAAAAAAACAAGUGACUCAAAGUGAUGUGUUGGCUAAAAUGUAAACGCUCGUGUACAAAUGCCA